AUGGCUCUUUGCAUGCUUGCUCCAAAUCCGAUUCUUGCUUUCCCAAGACUGCAACCACCUACAAGACAUUGCAGCAGGCAAGGAAAAUCGUUCAGUGACAGCACUUCUGGUCUUGUUGUCCAGUGCCUGUUUGCAAGUAAAGUUCAAGCUCAAACUGCAGUUAGGCGAAGUGCAAAUUACCAACCCUCCAUUUGGGCUUAUGAUUGUAUCCAGUCACUCAGAAGCAACUAUGUGGGAAAAACACACAUGAAACGAUUGGAUGAGCUAAAGGGAUUUGUGAAAAUGAUGCUAAUAGGUAAAGACGAGAAGCCUUUGGACCAACUAGAGACAAUCGAUCUCUUGCAGAGGCUUGGAGUGUCUUAUCACUUUGAGGAUGAAAUAAAGAGCAUAUUGGACUGCAGGUACAAGAACUAUGAUAGAAACAAUAUGUGGAAGGCUGAGAAUUUGUAUGCUACAGCUCUUGAAUUUAGACUCCUAAGACAACAUGGGCAUAACGUUCCUCAAGAUGUUUUUAAUUGUUUCAAGGAUGAGAUGGGGAGCUUUAAGCCAUGCCACUAUGAGGAUAUCAAGGGUAUUCUAUGCUUAUAUGAAGCUUCUUAUUUCUCCAUGGAAGGUGAAAGUGUCUUGGAGGAGGCUAGAUAUUUCACAAAAAAACAUCUUGAGAAAAGCCUUGAGCAGAGCAUAGACAAAAAUCUUGCCAUAUUAGUAAGCCAUUCCUUAGAGCUUCCAUUGCAUUGGAGAAUGCUAAGGAUAGAGGCAAGGUGGUUCAUGGACGUAUACGAGAGAAGACAGGACAUGGACCCUAGUUUGCUGGAAUUUGCAAAAUUGGAUUACAACAUGGUGCAAGCAAUACACCAAGAAGAUUUAAAAGAUGUUUCCAAGUGGUGGAAAAAUAUUGGCCUUGGAGAAAAGAUGAGUUUUACUAGGGACAGGUUGGUGGAGAAUUUCUUAUGGGCUGUAGGACAUGCAUUUGAGCCUCAGUUUGGAUAUUGCAGGAAAAUAAUCACAAAGGUCUUGGCACUGAUAGUAACAAUUGAUGAUAUUUAUGACAUAUAUGGUACCUUGGAUGAACUCGAGAUAUUUACAGAUGCUAUUGACAGAUGGGAUAUCAAUGCAAUGGAUCAGCUUCCAGAAUAUAUGAAGAUAUGUUUCCUUGCUCUCUUCAACUCUGUUAAUGAAAUGGCUUAUAAUGUUCUUAAGGAAGAAGGUUCUAACAUCAUUCCACAUCUUAGGAAGAUGUGGGCAGAUCUUUAUAAAUGUUAUUUAGUGGAGGCAAGGUGGUACUACAGUGGAUAUACACCAACACUACAAGAAUACAUUACCAAUGGAUUGAUUUCCUCAUCAGCUCCUGUAAUUCUAGGCCAUGCUUAUUUUUCAGUUUCAAAUCCAGUAAUGGAUGCCAUAGAGUUCUUAGAAAAGCAUCCAAAUAUAAUCCAUGGAUCAUCAAUGAUUUUACGGCUGUCCGAUGAUCUUGGAACAUCAAAAGAUGAGUUAAAAAGAGGCGAUGUUCCCAAGUCAAUCCAAUGUUACAUGCAUCAGACUGGUGCUUCCCAAGAAGAGGCAUGUGAGCAUAUAAAAUAUUUGAUUGGGGAUUCAUGGAAGAAAAUGAACAAGGAACAAUCUAUGGAUUCUCCUUUCUCUCGUAUUUUUACUGGAAUUGCAAUGAACGUUGGCAGGAUGGGCCAAAGGGCAUACCUAUAUGGAGAUGGCUAUGGUGUUCAAGAUCGUGAAACCAAGGAUGACAUAUUGUUGACACUAAUUGAGUCUGUUCCCCUUAAUCGGUAUGCCAAAGUUUGUUAG